AUGAUAUCUACUGAAAACACUACACCUGCCAACAGUGUUGGUAUAAAACCUUACUUUCUAACUAAACAGCAAGAAUUGGAAAUACAAAUUCGUUUGAAAAAGCAAAAUUUACAAAGAUUGGAAGCAACCAGAAAUGAAUUAAAUGAUAAAGUCAAAUUUAUUAAGGAUGAAUUACGUUACUUACAAGAACCAGGCUCAUAUGUGGGAGAAGUUAUUAAAAUUGUUAGCGACAAAAAAGUUCUAGUUAAAAUCCAGCCAGAGGGCAAAUAUAUUGUUGAUAUCGAUCCUUUACAAAUUAACAUCAAGGAUCUAAAACCAAGCGCUAGAGUUUGUUUGAAAAGUGACAGUUACAUCUUGCAUAAAAUUUUAAUUAAUAAAGUUGAUCCAUUAGUUUCAUUGAUGAUGGUGGAAAAAAUCCCAGAUAGCACUUACGACAUGGUUGGUGGAUUAACCAAACAAAUUAAAGAAAUCAAGGAAGUGAUCGAAUUGCCGGUCAAACAUCCGGAAUUAUUUGAAAGUUUGGGUAUUGCCCAGCCAAAAGGUGUUAUUUUGUAUGGACCACCGGGGACUGGUAAAACCUUAUUGGCAAGAGCAGUGGCCCAUCAUACAGAUUGUAAGUUUAUUAGGGUUAGCGGUGCUGAAUUGGUACAGAAGUAUAUUGGGGAAGGUUCAAGAAUGGUUAGAGAAUUGUUUGUUAUGGCUAGAGAGCACGCCCCAAGCAUUAUAUUUAUGGAUGAGAUCGAUUCUAUUGGGUCUACCAGGUCAGAAGGUUCUGGUGGCUCUGGUUCGGGAGACAGUGAAGUGCAAAGAACAAUGUUAGAAUUACUAAAUCAAUUGGAUGGCUUUGAGAGUUCUAAAAACAUCAAAAUUAUUAUGGCCACCAACAGAUUAGAUAUAUUAGAUCCUGCAUUAUUAAGACCGGGUAGAAUUGAUAGAAAAAUAGAAUUCCCGCCACCAACAGUAGCCGCCAGAACAGAAAUUUUAAAGAUUCAUAGCAGGAAGAUGAAUUUAACCCGAGGUAUCAAUUUGAAGAAGAUUGCUGAAAAGAUGAAUGGCUGUUCAGGUGCUGAUGUUAAAGGUGUUUGCACAGAAGCCGGUAUGUAUGCUUUGAGAGAAAGAAGAAUACAUGUUACCCAAGAAGAUUUUGAAUUGGCAGUUGGUAAAGUUAUGAACAAAAACGAUGAAACAGCGGUUAGUGUAGCUAAGUUGUACAAAUGA